AAACUUUGUAUUUUUGAUGCCCGGACCCCUCGUUCCAUGAUGCGAAGGUAACGAAGAACAGUACGUGAGGUGAUGCGUUUCCAUUCGACUGAUAACCUGGGAAGACUUGCAAUAUGCGGUAUAGGAACGUCACAUUCCAUAUCGGAGCUUUACCUCUUUGCAUAAAUUAGAUACACAUCACUUAGGUUUAUGUGAGUCAGAUCUUUUUUGACCGCUGGCUAACUAUACAGCUGAUUCCAUUACUUACUUACGGAACCAACAAUGUCCGAGUGUUUCGAAAGAGACAUCUGAUACGAUUGAAAAUCGCGUGAAAAUCAGUCUAUCUUGCGAUAAAUUGUUUAGGAACUGAACAUUAUUUAGUUUAAGUUUCGGGUUAGUGUGUCAUGGAUCCCCUUGGAGUGACAGCGGGUUUUGUGGACGCUAUUUCCAUUCCAAGAUGGGGCUCAACUCCAGUUCCUGCCUAUGAGGACACGGCUCCACCGGCCGAUGACAGAAGGAUGCACAGUCCAUUUCCUGUACGGCAAGACAUCAACAGCAAAGUAGCACUCUGGUCUGGUGAUAUCACUAAACUGAACACUAUUGCAAUAGUUAACACUACAAAUGAAUCUUUAAGUAGCAAAGGAAUGUUAAGUGAAAGAAUCCAUCGUGCAGCAGGUCCAGAACUCUUGCAGGAGUGUAAAACACAGUUACUUGGUUGCAGAACUGGAGAAGCUAAAAUUUCAAAGGGCUAUUGUCUACCAGCAAGAUUUGUUAUUCACACCGUGGGUCCACGAUACAACAUCAAAUACAAAACUGCGGCAGAGAGUGCUCUUUUCUCUUGUUACAGAAGUGUAAUGAAAAUAGUGAGAGAGAACAGAAUUACCUCUGUUGGUCUUUGUGUAAUAAACACAUCCAGAAGAGGCUACCCCCCUGAAGAUGGUGCCCACAUAGCUUUGCGAACUGUCAGACGAUUUCUAGAAAAGUUUUCUGAUAUUGAACUUGUUGUUUUUUCUGCUGAAAAUGCUGAUGAGGCCAUAUACAAGAAUGUCAUGCCUCUUUACUUCCCAAGAAGCAAGGAAGAGGAGGAAUAUGUGUUGAAUAAACUUCCAGAUGAUAUUGGGAAUGAAAAUGGUGAACCAGUGAUCGCUGAAAGACAAAUUAGAAUAAUGGAUAAACCGCUGGGUCAAAGAAACUCUGAUGAUGGUGCAGACCCUGAUGUAGAAGAAGCAGAAGAAGCUGGUGCUAUUCACAUGUUGGAUUCAGCUACUGUCGGCAAACAUUCCUUCACAGCAAUGGCAGGAGACCAUGACCAACUAACAAGACAACGACUGCAGAGAUCUCCCAGUGAACAACAUGCUAUUCAACAUGAGAGAGUCUAUCAAAGAUGGCUGCGUCGAGCCAGGACAGAAGAUUUUUCGAGUCUCCUCAGGUUGAAGAUGGUCUACCAAUCAGGUGUGGAUUUCCUUGGCAGACCUGUCAUAGUAUUUGUUGGUCGGCAUUUUCAAGCAAGAAGUGUAGACUUGAAUAAGGCUGUGGCUUACUUUAUCUCCGUAUUGGACAAGAUUGUUAACAGGGAUUAUGUUAUUGUGUACUUGCAUACACUGAGUUCAGAGGAAAAUCAGCCUCCAUUGUCAUUUUUGAAAGACAUUUAUCAUUUGGUGGAUAACAAGUAUCGGCGUAAUCUUAAAGCCUUUUACAUAGUUCAUCCAACUGUUUGGGUUAGAAUUGUUACGUGGUUUUUCACGACUUUCACCGCUUCCUCAAUCAAAGAUAAGGUUCACUUUUUGUCCGGAAUCCAAUACUUGUAUGACUGGAUUGAUCCUGAUCAACUGGAAAUUCCAGCCUUCGUCUUGGAGCACGACAUGAAGGAAAAUGGAAAUAAUUACCACACUCCAGCCAGUACGUACCGCACGGGAAGUCUAUAAGAGUCUUUGUUGAGUUUAAAGAUAUAACCGAUUCUGCCACUAAAUUUCGACAAUUACACAUAUGAUCUUUUGGAAGGCACAUGGCGGUUAUUGCCUCCUCGGGCAAUAAAUACCAUAUUUAUUCCGGCAGUGAAAUGAUUCGGCCAACAAUUAUUCUUCAGUCUACAUCGUUGUCGGACCAUAUUCAAAUCAUGCUUGUAAUAUCUCGUUAAACUUAGCCACUUUUAAGAGGUAGUUUUAGAGUUAAGAGAAAUUGUUGUUUUAAUUAUUCAGUAUAAAUGUCGAUUAGCGUUCUAUUAAACUAGAUAUGCCCUACAAAUGCAUGAACAUCAAGGAACUGUUUCUAAUACAGACUUAAUGAAGAUGAGUGGGAAUGAGGAUUAUAUUUCUAUUUUCUGAGUUUGUUCCUCGUUGAGCCUGAAAAAGGGUUUGAUAUCAGCGAUUAGAACAAGGUAGAUAUGAACAAGAUGAUAUUUCUGAUAACACAGAGGUGUUAAAGGCUACCGAAGUUACAUGAUUUGUUUUGUCAUGGGAAGGAAACGAACAUGAAGAACGAAUAUGUAAAGAGACCAAAUCGUAGUCAGUGAACCUUCAGUUUCUUCAUUUAGAUUGACAUUGUUUCAACUUGGGCUUUUCUACGAUUGAUCCAUGGUAAUUACUACUAAUAAAUUACAAGUGCGGUUAGAUCAAAUCUAGAAGCGUUAAAAAUUUAUUAAAAAGAAUUAAGAACAACAAACUGUCCUAUGAAUAUAUGAAUAGGAAUAAAGUUAUUUUUGGAAA